UGGAUGCAGGGUGGCACCAGAUGCCUGGAGCCAGAGGAUAGGAUUUGUUUUUGGAUGUUCGAGGAACCUAAAUUAAAAUUAAAAAUGUCAUUUUUUAUUAAUAUAAGCCGCCACAAUAAUUUACCCACCCCUCCACUCCCUCCAUGGAAAGGAACCAUUCAUUGGAAAUAGUCGAGCAGCUCAGGUACUGAACUCUCUUAAUCUUAAGGUUGCUGGCUUGCUGCGGUCCGGUGGAUGAGCCAAAGUUCUGUACAAGCUCUUUUUAAACAUCUGGCACCAGAAUAGGCAAAAACCUUAACUGAAGUGUCAAUUUUCCUUACAUUCAAAAGAUUUUAACUCUUCCUUCAGGAUUAUGAAUGAUAGUGAGAAUACAGAAGUCUUUUUUGCUCUCAAUAAAGACACAUUAAUAUUGCUCUGACCCCAUGUUUGGAGCCUUGUGAUAAUUGAUAAGGACUGUUCAAUUUUCUUUUUCUGGGUUUCUCCCUUUAAACCUAUUCAUUCAUUGAAUGACUCCAGUGUAGACUUAGGUGUAGGUAAACCAAAUUAAGGACCAACCAUAUCUCCAUAUUUGAUUAUUUUUCUUCACAAAUAUAAUUAUAAAUUCAAAUAAUUUCCUAUUUCUGAUUAUGUAAACUCUGAUAGCAUUGAAUGUAAACUGAGAAGAGCUUCAACUGAAUGUCCUGUAUGUGGUGGAGCUGAUAUGUUAGCGUGCACCAGGAAGGAGGACAGAACAUUGAUUCGAGUAAUGAAAUUCAGUAAUACCCAAUAAAUUGUUUCAUCAGAGGAAGGUGUAUAGAAUAAUGAUCCUCUUUAUUAGGUUCAACCGUUCAACUGCCCUGGAUAUUAGAGGGUAGGUAGGAUUGUAGGACCAGGACUAGGACUGACCGAACCCUGUAAAUUUUAACCCUCUUCAACACUAAAUUCAAUCACCCAUCUUCUGAUAAUGAUUUUCCCAUCCCACAAAGAAACUUUGGACCCACUUGUGGCCUUUGAUCAAAUCCAUUACUACAUUAUUAUCUCUUUUAUCUCAACUCUAAAUGGCUUUAACUUUUUGUGUAUGCAGUGAAAAUAAAGAAGCAAAGAAAACCCAUUGGCAAAUGAUUAUGGUAUGGGAAUGGACAAAGAAAAUGGGGUCCAUAUGGGUUCAAAGAAUGGCAUAAUGCUCCUUUAUCUGCCCAGAAUUGACCCCAUGGCAGACCUGGACUUUCGGGCAUAUGAGUUCUUUCUAGUUUCUCAUAUGACAAGCCCUUGUCACAGGCCUUCCACAUUCUAGUACAGCAUAGCAAGUUCUGUAUUCACUUUAGGUAAACAACCCCAAGAUCAUCCAGAAAGAACGUAAAUCAACUUCUAAUUUUCAAAGUGGUUGAUAAACAGAGAGUGCCCACAUUCAUAUUCUUACAUUGCGAUGCGUGCCCACAUUCAUAUUCAAUCUUCAUAUUGACUGUUCAAAGUAAGCAUUUUUUCUGGUAUUGUCUUGCAAUUAUAAAGUCUGACUUCAAGGUACAUUUCAAUCAUCAACUCAUCAUGCACCUUUUAUAAAGAGGAGAUCCAGCUACCCACUGAAUUUGAGCUCACUCAGAAUUUAAAAUUCGAAUCUCUCUGUCUCUUUUUCAUCAACAUACAAGAAACAGCAGCAAUGGAGGAAGUGAAUCAGUAUAAGAAAGGGUUAUGGACAUUGGAAGAAGACAAGAUCCUCAUGGAUUAUGUGAAGGAGCAUGGGAAAGGGCAGUGGAAUCGCAUUGCUAAGAAAACAGGUUUGAGGAGAUGUGGGAAGAGCUGCAGGUUAAGGUGGAUCAAUUAUCUAAGCCCAAAUGUGAAGCGUGGAGAUUUUACUGCAGAGGAAGAAGACCUCAUCAUUAGACUCCACAAACUCCUUGGAAACAGGUGGUCUUUAAUUGCUGGACGAGUACCAGGACGAACAGACAAUCAAGUGAAGAACUACUGGAACACUCAUUUGAGCAAAAAGCUGGGCAUCAAAAAGAAAAACAACGGAGCUAAUGUAUCUUCAACUCUAACAAACACAAGGGAAAUGCAGAAAGGAUCCGAGCCACUCAUGAAUUCCAGUUCAUCCCCUUCUUGUGGAAGCAGCAGAGGAGCUGCGGAAGCCAAAGCAAAUGAAGGCACUCUGCAGCAGAGCCUUGAGGCCCCAGACUGGCAUGAUCAACUGGUUAUUGGGGAGGGUUACUUGGACUCCUUUUGGGCUAUUAAUGAUGAUUUAGAGCUCACAACCGACAGUAUAAUGGAGUUUCUAAAUGGGUGUUCUCUUGAUCUUGGUCGGCAUGGUUUCUGAUUCACCUUUUCUCAUUUGGGACCAAAUCUUGAAUUGUACUUCCUUCUAGUUAUAUUUUCUUAGUUCCUCAUUGAAUUAACACACUUCUGUUCCAGAAUAAUUAGCCUUGGAGGGUUUUUGUCUUUA